AUGCUCCGUGCUGCUCUGCGCUUCCGGCUGGUAGCGCAGUGGUUGGCGCCUGGCUCUGCGCCCCCUCGGCCCGGCGAGUGCCUGGUGCCGAAGGGACCUGGGGUCGACAGGGCUGCAGGGCUUUCUCUGACACUGGGUUUUUCACUGCUCUCAGCGGAUUGGACGGCGGAAGAGCGGCUCCCGUCGCCUAUGCGCAUGCGACUCCCCCCCACCCGCGUGCAGAGGGAGCGGGGUGCCGGCGAGGGUGAAGGCCCCGAGACCCGCACGCUAGAGCCCGCGGGUGGCCGGAACCGGACGGGGGCGGCUGGGAGCAGGUGCAGGCACGCGGUGCCUGGGGAAGGCGAGCAGGUGCGAGAGCAGGCGCGUAGGGCACAAACUCCUCCAUGGCCUCCGCUGUUCCAAGGAAGAAAAGAGGAGGAGGAAAUUAGCCCUGAAAUUGAGCCCUCUGGGAGCGCCCAGAGAGCCCAGCCACAGUGCGGGAGGGGCGGGGAGGAGGGCUCGCCUGGACUUCUUACGCCCUGGGGCUAUUUCGAGGAGCAGGGCUCCCAGGCGCCGCCCGUGCGCGAGGGCGCACUCUGGCCCAGUGCCUGCCUGCCUAACUCUCCACGCCUCCAGCUGCAAGCACUCAGCAAGAGUUUCCGGAAACCUCUGCAUCCGGCCGUUCCCAGGCUCUCCUGGAUCGAAAUUCGGGCUCGCAAACUCCUGCUCUCCCAACAACGUCUGGCAGGGCGAAUGGAAGAGGGCCGUUGGCGCUCGGGAGCGCGCACUUGGAGGGUCGGGAGAGACUGGCUCCCCGGCCAGGGCCUUGUAGUGGCCGGACACGCCAAGUGGGACUCUCUAGAUAAUUCUGGACUGAGGACAGUGGCCAGGCAGGGGACCAGAGGAUGA